AUGAACCUUAUUAGUGGAAUUAGUAGUAUAUUAGCUAUUGGUUUAUUAUCUCCUGUUCAAAGUAUAUUAUGUAUGAUUAUAUUAUUUGUUGCAAUUGCAAUAUCUUUAUAUUCUCAAGGUUUUAUAUUAAUGGGUAUAUUAUAUAUUAUGAUAUAUGUUGGAGCUAUAGCUAUACUAUUUUUAUUUAUAUUAUCAUUAUUAAAAAUUGAUUAUUCUAAUAAAAAUUCAAUUUCUUCAUUUAUUUUAACUUUUUUAAUUAUUUUAUUUAUACCUUUAGAUUUAUCUUAUGAAUCUAUUGGUAUAUCAGAAACAGUAUUUAUUACUUAUAAUGAACUUAUUACUGUUGGUUCAUUAUUAUAUACUGAUUAUGCUUUAUUAACUAUAAUUACUGGUUUAAUAUUAAUAUUAUCUGUUAUAGGGGCUAUUAGUAUAACUAAAUAA